AUGAUAGAUGAAUUCGGUGUAUCAACCGAUCAACUUACAGAGAGACGUGAAGUACAUCUUCGAAAAAUACCAAACAAAACUAAGCUCGUUGUAGCUGGUUUAUUAGCACUCAUCAUCGUUCUCAUUAUUGUUUCUAUUAUCGGUUGGACACAAUCUUUAUGGCUCAAACAUACAUCAUCUCCUGCUGUGUUGGUUCAUUAUGGAGACCAAACAAUCGGUUCACCACCUGUUCUACCUAAUGAUGGUCCUUACGUUCAAUGGACAUUUCUUCAUAUGAACGAUGUCUACGAACUACUUCCGUUGGAUAAUGGGAGAAAAGGAGGUUUGGCGAGGGUUGCAACGGUACGUAAGAAACUAUUGGAAGAAAAUCCUCAUACUUACACAUUUCUAGCUGGUGAUCUUGUAUCACCAUCGGCACUAAGUCAAGCAAACGUUAACGGAACAGAAUUAAAUGGUAAACAAAUGAUAUUUGGUAUGAAUGCGUUGGGUAUUGAUUACAUGACUUUUGGUAAUCAUGAAUUUGAUUUGAAGCGAAAUGAUCUUCUUCAACGAAUGUCAGAGUCAAAUUUUACAUGGAUAGGGACGAAUGUUUUCAAUCUAGCAACCACAUCCAUGUUCGGUAAAUCUGUUCCCUAUAAAUUAUUAACAGUCAAUAAUGUACGCAUUUUGAUAUUUUCAAUAACAACCGAUAUGAAUAUGGGUGGUUCUACACCCUACGUGACAAUUGUAAAUUCGACAUCAUUGAAAUCAUUUAUUCAACAGUUCUUGUCAUCAUUACAAAUUCAAUAUGAUGUUCUCAUAGCAUUGACACAUGUUGAAGUUAAAACAGAUAUUAUGUUGGCAGAGAAUGUGCCAAAUAUUAGUAUUAUUAUGGGUGGUCAUGAACACGAAAAUUAUUAUUUAAUUCGUGGUCAGUACAAUACGCCAAUCUUCAGAGCGGAUGGUAAUGUUUUUAGUGUUUUUAUUCAUCGUUUUGCUUAUAAUUCCAACACAAAAUUAUUACGUUUAUACAGUACUUUAACUCGAAUAACACCCGAUAUUCCCGACGAUAAUCAAACAGCUUCAGUUUCUAAUUAUUGGUUUUCUUUGGGUAUGAAUGCAUUUAUUCAUGAUGGAUUUCAACCAAAUGAGACUAUCACUCGGUUACCUGAUAAUGUCGAAUUAGAUGGACGAUCAUCAUCGAUUAGAUAUUUUCCAACAUUAUUAUCGGAUCUUAUUUGCAAAAGUAUUUUGAACGAAACGAAUGCAACGAUAGGGCUUUAUAAUACAGGUGCAAUUCGUUUAGACGAUGUUCUUACCGGUGCGAUAACUCAAUAUGAUAUACUGCGAACAGUACCAUUUAAAAAUUUUGUUGUUAAAUUAAAUGUAACAGGCAAGAUACUUUCAAAAGUUCUCACCUAUGGAGCAACAUUACAAGGAGACGGGAUGUUUUUAUCCUUUUGUGGUGUACGAUCAUCUGAUAAAAAUAAUUGGUUUUUAGAAGUUGACGGAACAACGAAUAUUGCCGAAAAUAACAACACUUAUAUUUUAGCUACUCUUGAUUAUACUAAAAAUGCAACAGAUCUGAAUGAUAUAAGUGUUGUUCUCUUGAACACGUAUGAAGUGAUAGCUCUUGCUGUUAUUCGAUAUUUGAAAAUAGUGUAUCCUAGAUAA